AUGACUAGCACUUUCACAACACAGCAGCUCUCGCAGCAAGAAUUCCACAGUUUCUCUCCAUGGAUGCUGGCUUUACAAGGUGUGUUGCAAUCAAACAAGUCGACCAAUUCCACGUCGUCGUCGUCAUCGACUCUUCAUCCAAUGACUCCACUGGAAUUGUACUUUGUGUUGAACUUCUCCACCUGUGCACCCUAUAUCAUCAUUGAACUCCUUCUUUUCGUGUUAUCCAUUGUGAUUUACAUUUACAAGUUCAAGACCAUGAAAAGGAAUCAACAUGUGUUGUUUAUCAUGUUGUUUGUAUUGCAAGCGGUGGUCGUUGUGGAUUUGGUAUUGAGAGUGAAUAAUGAGGCCAAUGCGUAUGAAUACAGUCGAUUGUCAUCAGGAAAUGCUGACUAUCUAUUGUCAGGAAUUGCUGUUGCGCAUCGUUGUAUCAUUAACUUUAUGGUGUUUUGGCAAUUAUGGAUCAUGUUCUUUCUGUGUACAGUAUUUUUGCAAAUUUGCCGCCAGACUUCUUCCAUUACACCAAUGGUAUACAAAGUAUUGAAUGUGACAAAUAUUACAACCAUUGUCGUUAUGAGUAUUUUCUAUGCACUUCACACUCUGUACAAUAUCAUUUCUGGUGCAUUGACUGUAGAGGGAAUUGAGACCGAUCCUAAUAUCAUAUUUCCUGAACAAGUUACAUUGAUUGUUACUGCAGGUGUGCUUUUCUUUGCCUCGACACUCAUCUUCUCAAUUUUGCUGAAUAUUAUCAGUUACAAAUUGGAAGUGGCUCUUUCCAAUAGUGUGACGAAACUCAAAGAAAUGAUGCAAGGAAAUGAAGAUUUUGUGAGCAAGGAAAUUGAAAAUUCUCUCAAGUUCAAACAAACAACUUUAAGAAAGACAAGACUCAUACAUGCUGGAUUGUCGAUUGCUCUGUUGUUAGAAGCUUUUGGAUUUAUUUGCAUUUCCUUUUACUUUUUGAGUAUUUUCUUUGGAUUUGUUUAUUUAACUCUGUCGAACUUUGGAAUUUUUAUUUUCAUAUCUUUAUUAAUUGGAAUUAAUGCACCAAUGAAAGAAGUUCAACAAUUCUUCCAAAUUAAAACUGUUGAGAAAGAAGUUACUAGAGCAGUAAAUACCACCAACAAUACCAGUAGCAAUGAUAGAAAAUCAACCAAGAUACAGGCCGGAGACGCUACUAUUGUGUAA